AUGUCGAAAGCGUGAAGAAAGAAGAGAAACAACGGGGCCCAUUGUGUUAGCAUCGUUCACUCGCAUCUUCUGUAUUCUAAGAAGCGCCCGAGCAAUGGAGCAGCAUGGAACACUACGGCGUGGACACGCGUCGCCUGAAGCUCGCGCCGCGUAGGAGCCGACCAACGAGCGAGCGAGCGAGAGAGAGAGAGAGAGAGAGAGAGAGAGAGAGAGAGAAAGAGCGAAUACUACGGCGGGAGUAGGCGUGGUGGGGGUAGCAGCGGAGCGGCGGCGACGACUGGUUCGCCAGGGAGCGCAGUCGUUCCGCGGAGCGCAACCUCUCGCCAUUGUGGAUCGCCGUCGCUCGCGCGAGAUCUUUCCUCGCGAUCGUUUCUUGCGUGUGAUCGACGUCACGCUAUCCUUUAACUUCUACACGAAGUUACGGAAAACUCGCCGCGCGGUGAAACGGUAGGAGGGAGGGAGAAGGGAAGGAAGAGAAGGAGCGAAGGGAAACGAGGAAUGCGAGCGUCGGUUACGCGUUCAAUUUGACUCGAGUGCGCGGCCAACUUCAGCGCGAAGUCACUUGGUGUGUCCAGGCGGGCGGCGAUAAACAAAGGAGUUCGUCGCCGUGCCGGCCGGAUCGCGUGAGAUCGACGACGGACGUGAGUGAAGAGAGAUCGAAGGGGAACGAGGAAUGCGAGCGUCUGUUACGCAUUCGAUUUGACUCGAGUGCGUGGCCAACUUCAGCGCGAAGUCGCUUGGAGUCCAGGCGGGCGGCGAUAAACAAAGGAGUUCAUCGCCGUGCCGGUCGGAUCUCGUGGAAUCGACGACGAACGCGAGUGAGAGAUCGAAUCCCGAAGUUUACGAGAGCAUAUACUCCGUCUGCGUGUCUCCUUCAGCGUCGGAUCGACGACGAACGCGAGUGAGAGAUCGAAUCUCGAAGUCGACGAGGGCAUAUACUCUGUCCGCGUGCCUCCUUCGACGUGUGUAUUCCCGCGAGUGCAUACGUCUCGCGUGUACGUUCGUAGUAUUUGUUUAUGUUCGUAACUAGAGAGUGGCCGUGAAUCGAAACAAUCGAUUGAGAGGAUUGAACGAACAAGCGAGAAAGAGAGAGAAAGGUGACUUGUGACGCGCGCGUGCCGAAUCGAGCGUGGAAAUAGAGAAAAGUGAUCGAAGCCGUGAGUGAUCGCUAGGUUAGUGAUUUGUGAGAGAGAGAAAGAAAAGAAGAAAGAACGCGAGGUGGAUAAGGCAGAGCAAGGAAGCAAGAGGAGUGUCACGCGGCCGACGUUGCGUCUUGGUGCUUCAAAGAGGAACCGGAAGCCGCUAUAUUGGAGAGGAAGCGGGAAAGCGGCGUGCCGCUCUUCUGUGUGCCGCGGCAGAGGCGUUCGUCCCAGCCUGAAAACAAUGAAGAGAUGAUCGCGAGUCUGUCAAUGAAUGGUGGCGGCAGUGGAGGGAGCCGCGUGGGUCGUGGAUUGGCCCUUCACAGGUCCAAUUCCAGCCUGGAGCUUCCGCACAGUCCGGAUCCUGCCUCCAGGGUGCCAGAGACGCCUCUCAGAAGGGAGUAUGGUUCCCAUGGAAGCAUCGACGUAGUUGCGCAGUCCAUCACGGGCGGCGAGAACUUCUUCGCUAUGCUGCAGGACUUUCGACCAGCGGACCAGCGCGGCGCCGUCACCGGUGACUAUCUGCGUCGCGUUCAUCAGCAGGACGGAUCCGGCCAGCCGCUCGACGUCGACGAGGUCUGCGGCCCCACCGGCGCCGGUUCCAGUCCGAAGCUGCGACUGAAGCUGAACAGACUGUGGGGCGGUAAGCCGCCGCGGGCGAUGGAGGAGACGUGCACCAGCCCGGUGGUGUCGGCCGACGUGGAGGAGCGGCACCGGAGACGCGCCUUCGCCCAUUACGACUGCCAGUCGUUGACGGCGAAUCUCGGCUACGCCGCGAAGCUCCGGGGGAUUCUCUUGGCUAGAAGGAGAAACACGGCCACUGGGGCAUCCGCCGCCAGUGCUCUGAGAGCAUCCACACCCGACGAGACUCCCGAGGAGGAUGCGGGCGAUGGGAAAGGUAAUGACUUGCUGGAGUCGUGCCCUUUCUUCCGCAACGAGAUCGGCGGAGAGGGCGAACGCGAGGUCGGCCUCACUCGCUGCGCCCAGGGCAACGGAAUUCACAGACCGUCAUUGUCUUACGGUGUCUCUGUAUUGGAGCCACCGCCCGGUGAGACUUUGUGGAAAAAUACUUGUCCACUACAGAAACGGCCCCUGCCCAUUGAGAGUGUUGACGAGGGGGCCCACUACUACCGCCGAUACUUCCUCGGGCGAGAACAUCAGAACUGGUUCGGCAUGGACGAUCAGCUGGGGCCGGUGGCCAUCAGCAUCCGGAAAGAUGUCAAUCAGUACCGCGUGAUUGUGCGCACGUCGGAGUUAUUAACAUUGCGCGGCUCCGUGCCGGAGGAGGCCCUCGGCAUUAGGCCGCAAGGCCGGCCGCCCACCAGGGAGCUCCUGGAGCUUGUCGCGCCGGAGGUGCAAUUAGGCUGUCUGAGGCUCGGCACACCCGCCGCCGAGGAAGCGCUGGCUAGGUUGGACGAGCAGGGAUUGUCCAACAGGUACAAAGUCGGCGUGUUGUACUGCCGAACCGGUCAGAGGACCGAAGAGGAGAUGUACAACAACCAGCACGCCGGCCCAGCCUUCCUGGAGUUCCUGGACACCAUUGGCCAAAGAAUAAGACUGCGAGGAUUCGAGGGUUACAAGGCCGGACUGGACACCAGAACCGACUCGACGGGUACGCACGCGGUAGCGGCGACGCAUCGCGGGACGGAAGUCACCUUUCACGUGUCCACCAUGCUACCGUUCACGCCUAAUAACCGGCAGCAGCUGCUGAGGAAGAGGCACAUCGGAAAUGACAUAGUCACGAUAGUUUUUCAGGAACCUGGUGCGUUACCAUUCAGUCCGCGAAGGAUACGCUCUCAGUUCCAACACGUGUUCAUCGUUGUGCGAGCCAUAAAUCCUUGCACCGAAAACACGCAGUAUAGCGUGGCGGUGUCCAGGAGCAAAGAGGUGCCCAUCUUUGGACCUCCUGUUCCGCAAGGUGCAACGUUCACAAAGGGAAAGGCUUUCGCAGACUUUAUCCUAGCGAAGGUUGUAAACGCUGAAAAUGCGGCUCACAGAUCUGAAAAGUUCGCUACAAUGGCUACGAGGACGAGACAAGAAUAUCUGAAGGAUCUUACUACAAAUUAUACUAGCACAACAGUUGUCGACACAGGCCAGAAAUUCUCGAUGCUGUCCUUCAGCAGCAAGAAGAAGACAGCGGUGCGACCGAGACUUUCCUGCGACGCGUCUCAACGUGGCUCGAUUUGCUGGCAAGUUAUACUCGAGGAGAGCAAUCAGAAUACCGAUUGUUACUUAGGCAUAAGCAUAGACACUAUCGUGUUGAUCGAGGAACACUCCAGGCAGAUAGUAUUUGUCACCCCAUGCGUGAGCGUACUCGGAUGGCACGCCCAAACAAACAGUUUAAGAUUGUAUCAUCAUCAAGGCGAAUGCAUUACCAUACACGUACGCGGUGAUUAUGGCGAGAGGGACGAGUUAAUGGAAAUUGUGGCUCGGCUGCGUGCCGUAACUCAAGGCGCACCAGCCUCCGAGCUGUCCUUGAAGAGAAACAGCCUCGGACAGUUGGGUUUCCACGUUCAGCCCGACGGCGUCGUGACACAGGUCGAAAGUAUGGGGUUGUCGUGGCAGGCGGGCCUGAGACAAGCCUCCAGGCUGGUUGAGAUUUGCAAGGUGGCUGUAUCGACCUUGAGUCACGAUCAGAUGGUCGAUCUACUAAAGACUAGCGCCCAGGUCACCGUCACCGUAAUACCGCCAACCAAUGACGGAAGUCCGCGAAGAGGGUGCACGCUGCAAAAUUGUCAUUACCUGUCGAAUAAUUAUGAAGGGGAUUAUGAGAAUGUAACCAGUGCGGAUAACACGCCGAGUCAGCAAACAGCGAUGUCGCAUCAACGGCGAUACGAUCGAUCGUUCAGUCCGCCGCGAUCAAGCAACAGCUCCGGGUACGGUACUGGAUCGAGCUCUAGAUCGUUCAACGAUCCACGGUUUCCGUUGGAGGGUACAAUGACUAGCAGCAGUAGCGGACACAGUAGUGCCGAUGAUCGUUGCAUUUCUUGUUUCAGGUACGAGCUUCUUGAACCGCAGGAUCAAGACGGCGGUCAUCGUCCGGACGGCACGCCGCCUCCGUUACCUGUGCGACAGAACUAUGCCGUAACACCCAGCAAGUCCAGCCAAAAGAAGGACAAAACUCAUUACGCCAGCGCCAAACAACUCGUGGACAGUUCAAAGCACCGCGAGCAUGGUCACGAGCAUUACACGGGGAAGGAGAACAAUUAUGUGUCGUCGAAAAUAAUGCAGGAGAACGCGCGACACGAGAAUUAUCAGCGGCAGCUAGACAAUGCGCAUCGCGCUCAGGAUCACGUAACAACGAAUUACGUGAAGCUUCAGAAAGAGCGGUAUGAGAUCAAGCAGGAAAAUUUGUACACGUCUCAAAGGGAGCUCCACAAGAACGACGUGCAACAUCAUGGUCAUCAGAAGCUUAGCACAUCAAAUUCUUUGCCGUUGGCGCACAAUGCCAUUUACAGCCUGCCAAAGUCUGGUAGCAAUAACAAUCUCGGCAGGUACAAUGAGUACGAACAAUCUGGCGGCAAGUACGACUACGAGACACCCACAAAAUCGGAAAGAAACUCAAAGUAUGAGAUGCAGGAAGAGAAGGCAAUCGAACGACCGCCGGCCAAGUACGAGCACGACGUACGAGCUCACGACAAGAGACUCGGCUACGAAUAUCCGGAGGACAUUUACGAGAGGAGAAACAGCAAGUACGACAUGGAAUUGGCCAAAUACGAGAUGGAGUGUCAGCACAGUAGUAAUGAGAGGAAGCACAACAACGACAGCAACGGAGACCACAGUCGAGAUACCAUGAAGUACGAGAUGCCGCACGACUUUAAAGUAGGCGAGAAGGUCACCUGCCUGAAGACCAGCAUGUCAGAGCGACCAGUGCCUCACAAAGUGAACGUCGAAUACCGACAGUCCAAGGACUUCCCGGCGAGUCUGCCGCCGGAAAUGAGGAUAUCGGACGUCAAUUGCCCAGAAGUAACCACGAUGCCCAGCGAGGACGAGUUGUCAAAUGGCUCGGGCAGCGUGUCGCCGAGACUGCGACGUGCCAACAAACAUCGCGGUGGCAAUCGUACUCCGUCCAGCGGCAGCUCCAGGAACCAGAGUCCACGACCUAAGCCGGGUAUGAGGAACUCGCAUCGGAAUUCCGCGAACCUGACGUCCAGCACGCUGCAAGAGGACCUCAUGAGAUUGAUCAAUCCCGACUAUAUCGCCGAUGACAGCCAGAUCAUCAACAAUAACCUUGUGAAUAGCGUGAUGAGCCCGAAUCAAAACUCAAACAAGAUGAACAACAAUAUGUUGGAGAUCCAGAAUAGGUGCAGGUCCAGGGAGAAUCUGUGCGGCAACAGCACGUCCACCUUGAGCGUGUUGCCGGCGAAUGGACAAGAAAACGGAAAUAAUGGAUCGGAAGUGAUCUUGACGAUGGCCAGACCAGCCACAGUGAUAUCAAAUGCCAGCACUGCAUCCAGUCCGGCUCCGAGCGAGAAUAAGUUGUCGAAAGAGGAAAGAUUAUCGCCACGUGUUACGAAACCGCUUCAUCCGAUCAUGAAACCGCACAAUAAUCUAACGCCGAUCAAAGACGUGAAGACUCACAACGACGCCAACGUGGAUUGCUGGAAGAAUCAACAUGCAGAUUCUAACAGAUCGGCGAAGCAGCAUCCUCAAGAAUGGACCGAUGACAGGCUCAUCGAUGGAUGCAAUGCGAACGCAAAUCCCGUUUCGGACUUGCAGUCUCAUCUAUCCACUCUUGAGCUGAGAAUGGCGAGAGAGACGCGUCUGCGAAUCUCGUUGGAGGACGAGGUGCGCCGAUUGCGCGACGAGAAUCGACGUUUGCAGGAGUCCGAGAGCCUGCGACUCUCCUUGGAGGACGAGAACCGCCGUCUGAAGGAUGAGAAUCACGUGGCCGCGCAACAACUCCGGCGCUUCACGGAAUGGUUCUUUCAAACGAUGGAUAAUUAAUAAUCUAUAUAAUAAUAAAUUUAGAGAAUGUUUUGUUGCCCAGUGAUGUUUGUUUUGUACAAUGAACGCGAUAGUAUAAGCUACAUGACUCGUUUUAGUAACUUAGAAGUUAUUUACAAAGAUGAAAACAUAUCAUCAAUUUACUUCAAACACUAAAUGAGUUUGUCUUUAUAUUUGAUCGAUACCAUUUAAUUCGAUUGCGUUCCCUUUCAUCAGUUUUUUGAAUCGGAGCACGAUCCUUGUAAGUACAGUAUUAAUGCGACUUUCGCCUAAACGUAAAGAUGUAGAAUAGAUCGAUCGGAGAUAAUUACGAGCGAUUGUGAGUGUGCAUAAACACAUGUAAGUGAAAAUAAUAUAUCAUUCACAAAACUCUCUUUUCGACACUUUGUAUUAUAUAGAUUUGUCAGAUUAUAUUCUAUUGUAUGUAAAAUAUAAGUUACCAUCGUACUGUUUCCGCUGCUCAAGGAUUCGUGCGUUGAAAACAAAAAUUAUCUAUCUAGAUCGUCCGACGUAUUUAUCAGUAAUUAUCACGCGACUCAGUGUCCACUUAUACAGGGGACAAAGCGCGUUAAACAAUAUCAACGUUUUAUUUUAUACAAAAGCGACCAAAUGACCAAAUAUUACUAGCAAGCUAAGGAGCGCUUUAACUCUGUAAUUUAUUAUGCCUUUUUAUUUUAUAUUAAUCUUCUAUAUAGAGUGUUAAUGAAAACAUCCCACGUGAAAAAGCGAACACCGGCACGAGGGUGAUGUGCUCUCUGUCGGAAAUUUCUCUUUUGUAAUAAGUGACGAAGCAUAAUUUUGACGUAAUGUACGAAAGCGACGUUUCCCUGAAGACCGUAAGUCAAUCAAUAAAGAGAUAAAUGUGUACUUUAA